GUGAAUAUUCUUGCAACUAUUUACUCAAAACUGGAGUUGUUUGUGGGCAAACCUGCUAUUGGCCUGAAGGGUGUUUUGAACAUUGGAAGGCUAAGAAGACUAAGAGAGCUAUGGUACAAGAAUUUGGAAAUCAGAUUGCUUAG